AUGUAUGGAACGGAAAAACAAGCAAAGCGCUUACGCGAGCAUGUUUCUCCAGACACUACUAAAGAUCUACAGCAGUGGACGGAACGUCAGCAGUCAAUGACGCCCGAAAAGCGUAAGGAUUUGAUUGCAAAACCUGUGGCAGUUGACCCAGAUGCGCCCAGCAUAUCUAUACCUUACGAGGAACUACCACCCGAAGUCCAGGUAUUUUACACUCCUGUUCCUUCGCCCGGCCAUGAGUCACCUGUUAUUGAGGGUAUUAUAGACCCAGAGGCAGGUAAAAGGACUCCACCACCUUUACCCAACUGGGGAGACCGUUCACGUCAGAGACCAGUUAAAACUGGGUAUGUCAUCCAGACGCAUGAAUCACUCAAGAUAAUAAUACCAACGACUAUCCAAGGAACAGUGCACCGAAAGGUCUCUACCAUGGACUUUACACGGGGCAAUAAACCCCCGCGUAAGCGAAUUAACGAAGUCAAGUUUAAUCGCUUCGAUCGAACUGCUUUGCAUCAACCCGCAGAGGAUUUCCAUUCUGAUGAAGUGACGGAACUUAAAAACUCGGUCGACGACUACAUGAUCAAAAUGGACAUUGCUCAUGACCAGAAGAAUGAAGCAGACAUAACAUAUUAUGCUAAUAGGAUCGCGAAUCAACAGAAGCGCAUCGACCAACUACUUCAGGCCCAACGUGGACAAGACCACCGGGAUAACCAGAAGUACAAGGGGCAGAUCAGUCGACUUAAGUCGAACUGGGAUGCUAGCAGCAAGCAGGUCGAGUUUAUUAAUAAUCACGACCUCGACACGCUAACCCAUACGCUAAAUGCGCUUACGGUUAUGCUGGAGACGAUCGAUAUCGCUCCCCAGCAGUGGAUUUCUGCAUGA